UAGUCUCGCUUUUGCGGCUUGUGCUAUGCAGUUUCCUGUUCAGGGUACCCAUCCAGAGAGAAACCAUGGCGGCCACUGAGAUAGCUCGACAAGCGGGAGAAGGUGCCCGGGCAGUGCCCCUCUCUGGCCAUGUAGGCUUUGAUAGCAUGCCGGACCAGCUGGUCAACAAGUCAGUCAGCCAUGGCUUCUGCUUCAACAUCCUCUGCGUUGGAGAGACAGGCCUGGGGAAGUCUACCCUCAUGGACACCCUGUUCAACACCAAGUUUGAGGGGGAUCCCACGCAGCACAACCAGCCCGGAGUCCAGCUCAAGUCCAACACCUACGAGCUGCAGGAGAGCAACGUGCGCCUCAAGCUGACUAUGGUCAACACCGUCGGCUUUGGAGACCAAAUCAACAAGGAAGACAGUUACAAACCUAUCGUGGAGUUCAUUGACACCCAGUUUGAGGCCUACCUUCAGGAGGAGCUCAAGAUCAAGCGCACCCUCCACAGCUACCACGACACACGUGUCCACGCCUGCCUCUACUUCAUCGCCCCCACGGGACACUCGCUCAAGUCUCUGGAUCUUGUCACCAUGAAGAAGCUGGACAGCAAGGUCAACAUCAUCCCUAUCAUUGCCAAAUCGGAUGCCAUUUCCAAGAGUGAGCUCACCAAAUUUAAGAUCAAGAUCACCAGCGAGCUGGUCAGCAAUGGAGUUCAGAUUUACCAAUUCCCCACAGACGACGAGACCGUGGCCGAGAUCAACUCCACCAUGAAUGGCCAUUUGCCGUUCGCUGUGGUGGGCAGCACUGAGGAAGUGAAGAUCGGGAACAAGAUGGUGAAAGCGAGGCAGUAUCCCUGGGGGACGGUGCAGGUGGAGAAUGAGAAUCACUGUGACUUCGUGAAGCUGAGGGAGAUGUUGGUCCGGGUGAACAUGGAGGAUCUGAGGGAGCAGACGCACACACGCCACUACGAGCUCUACCGCCGAUGCAAGCUGGAGGAGAUGGGCUUCAAAGACACCGACCCCGACUGCAAACCCUUCAGUCUGCAGGAGACCUACGAGGCCAAGAGGAACGAGUUCAUGGGGGAGCUUCAGAAGAAGGAGGAGGAGAUGCGGCAGAUGUUCGUGCAGCGAGUGAAGGAGAAGGAGUCCGAGCUGAAGGAGGCAGAGAAGGAGCUGCAUGAGAAGUUUGACCGCCUGAAGAAGCUGCACCAGGAUGAGAAGAAGAAGUUGGAGGACAAAAGGAAGUCUCUGGAUGAUGAGCUCAACAAUUUCAAGCAGAAGAGGACUGCUGCUGACCUCCUGCAGUCCCAGGCCCAGCAGGCAGGGGGCUCCACCACACUCAAGAGGGAUAAAGAGAGGAAAAACUUCUUCUAAUCUGUCUUGGCCACCUGCUGUCUGAAGAGGGGACUGCAGCGCAUACAAGAACUAAGCACCUGUUUCCCCCCUUCUUGUCUUUCUCACUCCAUCGGCCAUUUUUUGAUAAGCUCCCUUCCUGUCUGCUCUGCUGAACAUGGCCUUAUGUGGGCUUUACAUGGUGUUUCAGCUGCCUAACUAGGGCAUGUCACAAAGCCACGCUGUCUGUCUUAUGAUGUUGCAAGGGUCAAAGCCUUGAUUGGAGGAUCUCCCCCUCGUUUGAAAUGUACAAACCCAGGAGAGACAAUACAUGGGAAGGUACUUUUUCCCACACAUAAAGCCUUUUGAGUUGUUUUGUACUUUGCACCUGAAUACUGAUGGCUGUUAAAAACACCCCACUCAUACAGAAUUCCUAUUUUUGGAAAUCCAAAUUCUUAACAUGCAUGUAGAGGGUCAUCUUAUCAUCGGCAUAAUGCACUGAGGAGUAGGGAUUAUUUUUUUAAUUAAAUUUGUGAGUGAUAUUCAUCCUAAAAAAAAAUGCAAAUGUAUUCUGAGCGUACAAUUCAUCCGGUUUCAUGGGCUUGUACCCCAUCUCUAGAACUGUGACAACAUUAUGGCUUUGAGAUUCCAAAAGCCAAAGAAGACAUGCUUCUCUGGAAAGCGGAAUGAUGCAUGUCAUCUUAAAUGUGAUGCCAAUGAAAAAUGACCCAUAUAACUGUAAUUCCUCUGAACAAGGUUGUCGUGAUAAUCACUGACAGUUAUGAAGGGAAUGGUUAUUGUUUAGAUUACAAACUGAGAAUCUUAUGAUGAUGACAUAAAAUACCAUGUAGGACUCAUUUGAAGCCUCUCACAAAUGUUGCUUUGUGGCAUACAAAUGUUGCAUGCAUUUUAAACACCUUUGUUCAACAUAGAAGUUAUUUCAGUGACUUUUACUCUUUUGCCCUAUUAAGCGUUGAGUUUGUCAUCUAAAAUUCCCUUUUAAUAUUUCUUUUGUCUUUUUAUUCUGGUUGUAUUGUGCAUAUAGAUUUGCUCCACAAAUGUCAGCACCCAUUUCGCUGUUUCAGUUAGACAGAUAGUUGGGUGAGGGUGGGGGUGGGGGUUGGGAUGUUGAAAGCUAAAUGCUAAAUGCAAGAAACAUGCGUUUAGAUAUAAUUUAUAAGGAUCUAUUUUGUGUAUUGAAGUGGAAACAUGUUAUUAUGGUAAAUGAAUAUUGGGAAGUGAGUUUCUGUGUAAACAUUGUUGUCAAGAAUUACCAUACAUUUUUCCAACAUCCGUCAUAUUUCCCCUACCCUGCCGAGAGCAAGACAUACCACAAAAAUACCACAAACGUGUAAUAUUUAACUGUAGUUGAAUUCCAUUGGUGUACAUUUUCAAUAAAAUUAUUAUAAAAUAA